UUAUGUUCUUGCUAUUACCCAGUAAUGCACCAAAACUUAGCGGUCGCUACUUUACUGAGCGCCAUUUUGAUCGCGAAGUGAAACAUUAAAUGAAAUUUACGAGGUUUCUGUCUGGUAAGACGCUUUUAUAGUGCCAUUUCCUGGCCUUGCCACUGUUCUGCUAUGGUUACAUUUCCGAGUGAAGACUGUAAUAGUUUUGCUGCCAAUCAACUUGGAACACUAAUUGCAUAGCAGAGAUGGCCGACGAUCGAACAGAGGAUCCUACGUUGCUAACUAAGUUGGAAGGGGUAACGAUGUUCGACAAGCCAUCGAGUGAAGUGAUUGGUCCAUCAAAGGUAAAAGAGCUGACAGAAGUAAAGCUGCGAGGCGAGUCAUCGAUAAAAUUCAAGUUUCCAAGAGCGUUAAACAGCACCUUUCUCGGCACACGGACACUGCAUUUAAUUGGUAGGCUUAGGUGUCAUCGGUAUCGAUUUUCCGGACCAAAGCUUGAAGAAAAUACUGCCGAGAUCUCUUUUAUAAGAUAUGGAAAGGAAGUACCUGUGUCUGUGUCUUGGACUAUCGGUGGCGGUGAAACUUGUUUAAAAUUUGAAGACGUAUUACUACUUAAUUUCCAAGAAGUUAUCUCUGCACUGGUUCCAUUGUGCCAAGCAGUGCAACAUAUCAUCAUUGACUUUGAAAUGCUUAUGUUUGGUCGGUAUAUUCCUGCACAUGAGAUCAUUCCAAUGAGAUCAGUCCUCACCGUUUGCAUUAGCGACAUCACGUCCACAUAUUCGAAUGCACCAAUCAUAUCGACUCUCAGUGAUUGCUUUCCAAAUGCAAAGAGUCUUGAGCUAUCUUGUGACAGUAAUGAUUUUAUACACGCUCGAAAAUACCAUUCCGACCCCCCACUGUCUUCCUGGAGACAGGUAAAAUUAAAAUUGUGGAACGGACACUCAAGAGACUUCGUCACUCUCGAGACCAUCUUCCUCUCCCUUUCUUCUGCCUGUCAAAACAUAGAAUCACUCUUCAUCAAAAGCACUAAAGCUUUCCAAUGGGGCAAGUCAAGCACAACCAUCAAAGCAUGUAAAUUACCUUAUCUGACUGAUAUCCAUCUUGAACUUCGUUGGUCUGAAGAGCACUAUGCACUUCAAUUGAUAAAAGACUUGCUAUAUGACGUGCAUCCUGGUUUGAAGUUUGUCAAAGUAAAAAGUGUACAGCUAGGAAACGUAGUAUUGAAGAGUGUUGAAUGGUCCCGAACAUCUUCAGAUUGUGGGUUGCGAAUUGAAGGUGCAACGGCGGCUGUACCCAUAACUGACUUAAUUGAUCUUACAACUAGUGACCUUAAAGAUGUUACUGUUCUUACCCUUGUCAGUUGCAAGACUGAUUUCGGUCCGUCUGAAAGUAAGUCCCUGCAACGCCCGAAGGAACUUGGUACACUGCGGGAAAUCAGGUUCGUUUGUUCAGAAAACCCACUUUCCGAAUCUGACAGGAACAAGCUUUCGGAGUUGUAUCCUAAUGUCAAAGUGACUGAAAAACAGGAGAGUCAGGAAUCAUCUGAAGAAUCUCAGGAGGGUGCAGGGAUACCUUCCAAGUUGGACAAAGCCUCCUCUCAAUCACUCAAGACAUCUGCCAUAGAUGAACUUGCUGAGGAAAAGGUUGAAUUUCAUGAAGAUACAGGCUCAAAGAACCCUGAAGGUGGAGAAGAAGAAACCUCAUGGCAAGAAAAAGAAGAGGAAUUUGACGUCAACCAAGGAAGCCUGCCCCGUGAAUCAGUACCCGAUGAAGGAGAUGUCGAAACCAUCAAGAAGGAAUGCUGCAAGAGAGUUGGAGCUGAUGGGGGCAAACUUCAGCUAGAAUCCUUUGGGAUUUCACUUGAGAUACCUCCUGGUGCAAUUGACAGCAAAGAGCCACAGGAUAUCUCUCUGCGAGUCCUGACCGAUACUCCUAAUCUUGGUGAUACCAAAGAGGAGAUGUCAGUCUGCUUCAGUGUACAGACCUUAGCUCCUAGUGACUUAGUGCUGAGGUCACUGGUGACUUACACAAUACCUCAUUGCGCUGUUGCAACACGGCACUCCAGUUUAGAGGCAGUCCUUUACACAGGAGAGGGGGAAUAUACAUCGGAUGCUGAAGUCAAGGAACGAAUCCUACUUACAAGGUCGGGAAUACCAAACUGUAUCAUCGAGAAAGAUGUUCUAAGACUGCAGAUGGAUCAUUUCUCUUGGUUUAGCUUGGGAUUCAUCAACAGUUUGUUCUUCAGAGGGAAACAAAUGUGUUGUUUGCCAUUUGCCGAGAAGGCACUACCAGUGGAAAGGGUGCCCGUCAUUUUACGUGUACAUCUCUUUGAUGAUAUCCGAGGGAACGAAGAGAUGAUAAUGAGAAAAGAAAAUCGUGUAGGAUUUGAUGUUAUUCAUCCUGCAACAGAACUUCCAAUCAACGUGACAGAAGAGGACGUCACAAUGACCUGUUUCAUUAAAGAUGAUCGUGUUGGAGACGCGAUUGUCGAAUACAACGACUUAUGGAGAGGAGCAGACAGGAUGAGGUCCUUUAGGUUGGACCUGACCAAUCAACCCGAUAGAGCACUUGUGGACUUGAAAGUCGGUCAGAAAGGACAACGACAGGAGGAACUUAUUUGUAUAUUAAGGUUUACAUCUCUCAGCAGAUCGCCUCGCCCUCAUGACCUAGGACAACUAGAAGGUGCUACAGGUCAAACACCACAUCAACAAAUAGAAAAAAGUCUUGAAACAACCGGAAGAGUAGUUACGAAUGGAGAGAUCACAAAGUUAUCUAGGCUUCUACCUGAUGGAGAAUACAGCGAGUUUUGCGAAGAGUUGGGCUUUGAUUAUAACUACACACAAAAGAUAAAGACCAAACAUUUGCAGGACUCGACUGCUGCUUUCAAAGAAGUAUUGCAGGAAUGGAAAAAUAGAGGUGGAUUAAUGGUGAAUCUUGAUACAGCUCUAAAGAACUCAGACCUUGGAGGACUCAUAUGUGAAUAUAAGAAAUGA